AUGCAAACUAUCAAAAGAAAACCCGUUGCAAAUCGCCAGAUGCUCGUCGAGAAACAACAGCGGAUAUCAGCCCUUGGUAUUGUUCCCGAAGCCAAAAUAUCGCCACCGACUAGUCUGGCACAGGGAAGCGGACUAGAUGCUCAAACUCCAAUUCCGGAACUACCCCGAACGGUGGUUGAAAAUGUGGAUGCCAACGACCUUAAAGCCUUCUUGGCAAAAUCCGGAGGACUACUGGUAGAACAUCAAGACUUAAACAAUAUAGCCAAGUUAGGGCACGAAGUCGUUCGCAGCGAUUCAAUUCCGCACUGCUAUUUUGACAAUUCUGCAUCGGGGUUACCUCAUGGAUCAGAGAACACAUCUGUCGACAACCAACUUUCACCCCCACUGAUCGGGAAAGCUAAAGAGAAUAAUGCCCUGGACGGUCGGAGACACAUCUCACAUAAUACCGUUAAAACAGUCUCGCAGUCAUCAGGCGUACAGCCGAGGGUGCAAGGAGAAAGUCAUCUAGGGGGCCACGGCCUCACGACAACAUUGAACAUCGAAAAUGUCGAACAUGCUUUCCUUGUUUACGAGUAUACCGAAAUAUCGGUUGAGGCUUAUGACGACGGCCUCAGCGAGAAUCCGGGGGCGGUCCACGAAGUUGGGUUUCUUCUAUCAGAAGCAACAAUCGCCCGGGUCAUUGAUACACAUCGGGGUUUGAUAGCAAGAACAGGCUCCUGUAUAGACGAAAUCACCCCAAACUCCGUCGGUCUAAUCUCGAGAAUGUUACAAGCUUGGUACAGUCGCCAUUCAGAGGCCAACAUAUAUGGGUUUCGGGUACCUCCCUUUGAGGUUACCACUAGUGACAAGAUGUGUGGAGAUGAAAACUAUGAAGCCUUGCAACUACUAUCGAAACCGCCUCCCUAUAGACCUCGAAAAAGUUCGCAGCUCUCGUACUCACGUGCUGGCUGCUUCAAUUAUAAGAUUCAACCACAAAUAGCAGAAAAUUUGAGAUGGAAGAGUUUGUUUAUCCUAUUCUUGUGGUCAAAUUGUAUGUGCUCUCACUUUUUCUCGACCAGUAGCCCUGACAAUUUAAUCUGCUGCUGGGAAAUACUCGAAUCAUACACGCUUGAUAUUGCUGAAGGAAAUGAUCAGGCCAUGAAAUCUCUUAGAGCUGCUCUAAUAACAGAGAUUACCGAAGCACUGCCUAAAUGUUGGACGACCAAGGCUGAAGUUAUGUUGAAAUAUCGCAGUUUAGGCGGAGCCAGUGCGCAUGCGAACUUACAUGUCGCAUUUCUUAGCUCACCGCCCGAAGAAUGUAAGAAGAUUCAGUAUGCUGUUUUAAAGGAGAAUCUGAGGAGCUUUUUAGAAGGCUCUUGGGAGCCAGCAUAUCCCUUUACGGGAGAGUACGCCGAAGACAUGCACCCUGAUUUUGCUUUAGACGAUCCGAGCCGGCGUCCCGAAGAUGGCUCUCGAGUCAGUUUAAGGUAUCGAGGUACUAAAAAGGAGGAACCACUAAAUCUCCCCGGAGAGGAUGAAAAUGGUAUCCAAAUAGCUACGUUUUUUAGAGCCUUGGGCUCUAUUGAGCGGCCGACGAGACUACUUGUAGUACCGCACGACCGGGAUCUUUGGUUCUCGAUGUCCACAUUCUAUCUAGCUGUCACGUACGGCUUCGAGUUCAGAGGCGCCAAAUUUCCCCUCAAGCAGGUACCCGAUACCCCACGCGAUGAUAUUUAUUUGUAUUAUUUCAAUAUACGGGAUUUAUCACCACCGCUGCUUUCCCGAUGUAAUAACUUCAUUUCCCGGCGCUUAGCUGCUGCAAAAGGAGACCGAUAUCCAGGGGACAUGGAAGAGGUCGAAAACCUUCUGCUUGACUUCUACCCAGGAGCAGAAGAGCUCAAAAGAUGGCUUGCAACGAAGGCGUAUAUUUUCGCAAUGGCUAAGAACUGGGCGAGAUCUGCGAAUCUAGCACAUAUGUUGGAAUACGCACCCCUCGGAGUCAAUGACGACUAUAAUUCUGUGAUUUAUCUGACUCAAGCCCUUGUCCAUUUCCACAAUAAGAGAUAUCCGGACGCUGAAAUAUCUUGCUAUAAAGCUCUUCAGUACCGUGAGAUCCCGGAGUGUAAUAGAGACGAAUGCUAUUGCAUUUUAAGCUUGGUGGCUCAGAAAAGAGGGGCCUCGAGGGAGGCUGAUGCGCAUCUAAGACGAAUGCAGCCGACGACGAACUAUGAGGCAUUGGAAAAGAAGAUUGUUCAUGGAAUAGUAGCUCCUGGAGUACUCGAAUCCGCCGGAAUUCGCAUUUUUACCAACGGGGGAGAAGGGUGGUUUGAAGCACCAAUGGAAAAGUUCAAACAGGCUAUGGUAUCAGCAUUGUAUAAUCCUAAACUAGCACACGCCCUUUUCUCCGACCCAGAAUUCCGCUACACAUCAUAUGUUGUAUCUCGUCAUCUCUGGCCUAACCCUAAAAUAGAGGAAUCUUGGGACCCAAUAUUCUUUUACGGAAACCGAAAUCGACCAGAUAUUCUCCAGAGAAUAUUGGAAACAUAUCGACGAGACACAGGCCGAGACCCACCAGCUUUCGAAAACAUCAUAUUAGCCAGAGAAGUCCUGACUCAAGCCUUCAGACAUGCAGCAGGGGACACGAUCAAGUUUUUAAUGCAUAACAUCGGAGGUCUUAGCAUCAAUCAAGUUCUCCGAGAUAAGCUCGGGCGUACACAUUCUCGACUACACGGGUUUAUUGGAAAGCUACCGCUUUCAUCAACCACAGCGGCCGAUCUCGAGACUCAAGAUCAUGCCUUUUGGGUAGCCCAGAUAAAGCAAUCUCUGACUAUGGCACACCUUAAAAAAUUCUUUACUACAUUAGAAGAACUUAAAAUAAAUGUGGAGAUACCGUUUGCGGGUAUUUCUACAUUGAAGUUCGCCGCAUUAAAUCUAGAAUGGUUCUACGAUACCUAUAUGCACACGCCUUUGAAUUUAAUGACCGAUAGCAUAAAACACGACUUGAUACUCGCUUACUACUGUUAUAGCUGGGUAUCUAGUUUGUCACCAGAACCCAAGCCGAACAGUAAAGUACAGAAAAUUAUAGGAAAGGUUUCGAAUGGGCUAAGCAGGGGAGAUAUCAAAAUAGUCGGAUAUCCCAAAGUUGGGAGAGAACUUGCGCCAUAUCAGACACCACCGCCCAAUCAAUAUACCUCAGUAUUAAUCGAUUCCAAAAAGGAACCCCCAGACGCAGAUAUCUCCAUCCCCAGUUCUGAAGCUGUGAGAGCGACGUUCGGGUUUGGAGCUAAUCACGAAGAUAAUCUGGCAAAGUUUGAAAAUGUUGAACUCCAAUCGACGACGACGAGUUUCUCGGAUUCUAGUCUGGAAAUACUGGGCUCCUCGGAUUCUCUUCAUAUAACGACAGAAACUCCCCUACAUGCACAUAGACGCGCACCAGAACAUACAGCGAUUGAGUUUCCUCCACGGCCUCAACAAAUACCAGACUAUCAACGAGGGAGGCCGAGGUUUCAGAAUUUCAUUCAGAAUAUAAUUGCAAAGCUUGAAUAA